GAGAUGCUGUCGUCUUCACUGAUCUACAAAGAGACCUCGAUAGUAGUUUUGCUCAGAGGUCUUCCACAGUCAUGCUGAGAGCCAGGGAACCGGGAUCUUUGGCCGUGCUGGCCUCUACCCUUCUUUUGGGAUUCAGCAUUGCGUUUUCCCUCGGACAGAAUGACACAGAACCGGUAGUUUUGGAAGGAAAAUGUUUAGUUGUGUGUGAUUCGAACCCGUCAGCUGAAGGUGGAGUGACCUCGUCGUUUGGGAUUUCUGUCCGAGCUGCUGGUGCUAAAGUUGCUUUUUCUGCGGUCAGAGGAACUAACCAUGAACCAUCAGAAAUGAGUAACAAGUCCAUGACAAUCUACUUUGAUCAGGUACUAGUGAACAUUGGAAAUCAUUUCGAUCUUAAGGCGAGUGUAUUUCAAGCUCCUCGGCGAGGCAUUUACAGCUUCAGCUUCCACGUUGUGAAGGUCUACAACCGACAGACAAUUCAGGUCAAUCUGAUGCAUAAUGAAUACCCAAUAAUAUCUGCAUUUGCGGGUGAUCAAGAUGUGACCAGAGAGGCAGCAAGUAACGGCGUUCUGCUUCACCUGGAGCGUGAAGACAGACUCUAUCUUAAACUGGAGAGAGGGAACCUCAUGGGCGGGUGGAAGUACUCCACAUUCUCCGGCUUUCUUGUUUUCCCUCUCUAAUUGAAUUUACCCAUUUUAAAAGGACCAGACUGUAGACAAAGGGACAUUUCAGUAUCUGCUUUCUAAAAUAAAGAGAGCAGAGAGAACAUAGAAUGCAUUAGCUUAUUCUAUUUAUUGUUAUGAUCUGAAUAAAUGUAACAAGUUUGUAUGUAUGUGUGUGCGUGUAUGUGUGUAUGAAUUUAAGUAUUUGUGAGAUUCAAAACAAAAUACAAUGACAAUAUUUGGACAAAAUGAUGUCUGCAUAUUGCUUUGGGAAAGAGUGUUUUGUUAUUGCCAAUUAUAUUUUAGCAUUCAGGAGCAUAUUUUGCACGAAAUGUGUUUUGUUAUAUGCUUGUCAUUUUAUUGAUUUGUAUAGCCCUUAUAAAUUUGAUGUUCAGUAUGAGUGUAAGUACAAAAAAGUAAUUUCUCUUUCAUUGUUGUUUGGCUGAAUGCAUAGACAAGCAAUGAUGUCUUGCAUUUUUAUAUUACUUGAAUGUAAAUACACUAUGUCAUAAUCACAAGGAAUGUAUUUAAAAACUCUUAUAGGACUUAAAUGUUGUAUUUUUCAAGAAGGGUAUACAGUCAUUUAAAGGAAUAGUUCAACCCAUAGUUUUGUCCCAAACCUGUCUGAAUUUCUUUCUGACGUGAAACACAAAGAAAUAUAUUUUGAAGAAUGUUGGUAACCAAACAGUUGCUGAUAGCCAUUGACUUUCUAUAGUU